CUCCGGGCCCUUUUCAAACCCGGCGGCAGCGGGGGCCGCAGCCCGGCGAGGAAAUGGCGGAGAACGACAAGCCCGAGGCUGCGGCGGCCGCGCCGCCGCCGCGGGGCGCCGAGGAGGCCGCCGCCAGCCAGCCGCCGCCGCAGCAGCAACAACCGGCGCCGCCACUACAGCAGCCGCCACAACAACCGCCGCAGGACGAGGCGGCGGCGACGACGACGACGACAGCCACCGAGAGCGGCGGGGGCAGCGCUAAUGGCGUCAAAAUGGAUAAUGAUGAGACAGCAAAAGAAGAGAAAGCACUUGUGAAAGAGAAGUAUGUUCCAAAACCAAAGGCAAUCCCUUCUCUUGGAAACAAGAAUAGAUUCCAUCCCUAUUCAAAAGACAAGAAUGUGGGCACUGGAGAGAAGAAAACUAUCAAUCGUAAUAGAGUUUUCAUUAGCAACAUCCCGUAUGACAUGAAAUGGCAAGCUAUUAAAGAUCUUAUGAGAGAGAAAGUUGGUGAGGUUACAUACGUGGAGCUGUUUAAGGAUGCUGAAGGAAAAUCAAGGGGUUGUGGUGUGGUUGAAUUCAAAGAUGAAGAAUUUGUUAAGAAAGCAUUAGAAACUAUGAACAAAUAUGAUCUUAGUGGAAGACCCCUGAAUAUUAAAGAGGAUCCUGAUGGUGAACAUGCUCGUAGGGCACUACAGCGUGUAGGAGGACAGUUUCCGGGAGGACAUGGACCUGAUAUGACACCUGGAUUAAUGAAUUUACCACCCUCUAUUCUCAAUAAUCCAAACAUUCCUCCUGAGGUUAUCAGUAACUUGCAGGCAGGCAGGCUUGGGUCCACUAUUUUUGUUGCUAAUCUUGACUUCAAAGUUGGCUGGAAGAAACUGAAGGAGGUGUUCAGCAUUGCUGGAACUGUAAAACGUGCAGACAUCAAAGAAGACAAAGAUGGCAAGAGUCGAGGAAUGGGAACAGUUACAUUUGAACAAGCAAUUGAAGCUGUUCAAGCAAUAUCUAUGUUCAAUGGACAGUUCUUGUUUGAUAGACCCAUGCAUGUAAAAAUGGAUGACAAAUCAAUUCCUCAUGAGGACUUCCGUGUUGCAGACAGCAAGACUCCACAGUUACCUCGUGGUCUUGGUGGCAUUGGUAUGGGACUUGGACCAGGUGGACAGCCCAUCAGUGCGACACAAUUGAGCAUGGGCGGUGCAAUGGGCAAUAUAGGUCCAGGAGGUAUAGGAAUGGAUGGUCCAGGAUUUGGUGGAAUGAACCGAAUAGGAGGCGGGCUUGCUGGCUUUCGUGGAAUGGAAGGGAUGGCUAAUAUGGGAGGAUUUGGAGUCAGCCGAAUGGGAGAAAUGUUUCGUGGUGGAAUAGGAGGAAAUAUGGACAGAGAUUUUGGGCGUAGUGACAUGGCACUGAACCGUGGCUUUGGAGAUUCUUUUGGAAGAAUGGGUGUUGGAAUGGGUGGUAUGAGCAGUAUGCCUGGCGGAAUGGGAGUAGGGAUGGAUCGGAUGAGUUCUGGUUUUGAUCGAAUACGACCAGCUAUGGGUGGAGGCCUGGACAGGAACAUCGAUAUGGAUCGAGGAUUUAUGGCUGGCCCAAUGGGAGGUGGCAUGAGAGAGAGAUUAGGCUCUAAAGGCAACCAGAUAUUUGUCAGAAAUCUUCCUUUUGACUUGACUUGGCAGAAGCUAAAGGAGAAAUUCAGUCAAUGUGGUCAUGUAAUGUUUGCAGAAAUAAAAAUGGAGAACGGAAAAUCAAAAGGCUGUGGAACAGUCAGAUUUGACUCACCAGAAUCUGCUGAAAAAGCCUGUAGAAUAAUGAAUGGCAUAAAAAUCAGUGGCAGAGAAAUUGAUGUACGCUUGGAUCGCAAUGCAUAAUUUAAAACUAUGUAUUCAGGAACAUUCCUAUGUCUGUUUAGCUUCUCUAUUCUAGUAAGUCGUUUUUAGUAACAUUGUAUGCUUACAAAAGCUGUAAAAACGAACUUUUAAAUCCCACCAGCCUUUAACAGUAUAGUGUUUAAUAUACUGUGAUACUUGUUAACUGAAUCUUACUAUGUUUGGUUUUUAAAGACAAUUUGCCUGAUUUAUUUUUUCUUUUUUUUUUUUUUUGGUUUUUUUUUUAGAGGCACUGAGCCACCUGCAGGUCCCAUUAAGACAGUGGGAGCUUUGGAUGCUCAGCGCCUUUGGAAAAUUAGGCCAAGUGUCUCUAGUCAUUCAGUUUAAAUGAAUGGUUAUACUGUUUUUAAUAAAAUAAGCCAUUUUCUCUGUUAA